CACCCCUUGAGGAGACAUCAGAAGUGAUAAUAGAAGAGACACCCCUUGAGGAGACAUCAGAAGUGAUAACAGAAGAGACUCCCCUUGAGGAGACAUCAGAAGUGAUAAUAAAAGAGACACCUCUUGAGGASACAUCAGAAGUGAUAAUCGAAGAGACACCUCUUGAGGAGACAUCAGAGGAGAUAAUCGAAGAGACACCCCUUGAGGAGACAUCAGARGWGAUAAUACAAGAGGCACCCCUUGAGGAGAUAUCAGAAGUGAUAAUAAUAGAGGGGCCUCUUGAGGAACCCGAAACGCAAGAAAAAAUAACAAUAGAAGAGAUGCCACUUGAGGAGAAAUCCCUAGAGGAGACGUCAGAAGAGAUAACAAUAGAGGAAACACCUCUUGAAGAAACUUCCAAAGUAAAGACUUUCCCAGAGACUGUUAAGGAGACCCACUUGAUACAAAAUAUGGUAGAAGAAAAGAAUAUGGUAGUUUCUCCAAUAUCAAAUUAUGAAAUACAGGAAAUUCCAGUAGAGGAAUCUAAAAACAACAAAGAUUCAGUAAAAGAAAUAGUUGAACCUGCUUCAAAUGAAGAUGUUGGAUCAUGGAGCAUGACGGUUAUAGGCACCAUUCCUGAUGAAGAGCAAAAGAGUACAAACAUUGGGGAGGAAUUUAUUGAGAUAACAGAAGAACCUCUCCCUGAUGUCUCUGAAAAUAAUGUGGAAAUAACAUAUGAGCCCUUACCAGAGACAGUCACAGAAACUAAGAUGCAAGAGAAGACAAAAACAGAAGACAAACAAAGAAAAGAAUCCACGCGUUCAAAUGUUUCUUCACACAGCUGUGUUUGCACUCCAAGAUACCAAGACACCUGCGAUCACCAGUUUAUGGUUGAAGAAUUCAAAAUGAAAAUAUCGAGGAUAGAAAAAGAGAAAGAGUACCUUGAAGGCAAGUACGACGAAUUGCGAAGGGAAAAAUCUUUUUCUGAUUCUUAUAGACAGAUGUCCUCUAGAGAUGCAGACUACUCACACCAUUUACUAAACCAAUCUGAUGGUGGCUAUACACCACGCUCAACAACAAGUGAAUGCUACCACUGUGAAUGUAUGGGUCAGAAMAGCAACCGAAGAAAUACAACUCGCAAGAGCUCGGAAUCUGAAUAUUAUAAGCUAAAAUGCGACCAGAUACGAAAAGAAAAGGAACACUUGGAAAUGGCCUACGAAGGAGAGAGGAGGCAGAAAGAAGAUAUGGAGAGAGAAUUCGAGUAUGAAAGAAAUGAAAAGCAUUACGUAGAGAAGAGAUACGAAACGAUGUUGCAAACUAUAGGAAGAUUUGAGGAUACGAUAAGAGAACUCAGACGCGAGAACGAAAAUUUGCAAUCAAACUUGAGYGAGUGGUCCAGUUCAAGAGUUCAGACCUUGCAUGAAGUAAACAGCGGCAUCCCAAGUACUGAUAAAUCAUUGAUAGAUGAAUCAAGUACUGAAGUACUAGAAUACAAAAGAAGUCUUGAUAUCCUUGAAAGAGAAAAUAGGGAAUUCAGAGAAAUUCUUGAUGCAUUGAACAAAAGAAAUGAAGGCCAAGAAAAUCUUAAAGGAAUAGAACUAGGACUUGUAAGAGAAAAAGAAUUUCUUGAUUUGAAAAGGGAGCGCUCAAGGUUUGAAAACAUCAUCCUUGAACAGAAGAGAACAAUUGCACACCAGCAAGAGAGAAUUGAGGAGAUAAGGAAGGAAUACGAAGAUGAAAUCUGGAGCAUAAAGGAGACCAACAGGAAAAACGAAAGAAAGUUUAAAGAGCUUCAAAAAGAUCUAGAUGAACGAGAUAGGGAAUUAGAUGAUCUAAAAAGAUCAAGAGUUGAAGAGAUUCAUAUGCUUGAGAUUAAACUUCAAACUGAGUCUUCAAACAGUUCUCAGUUCCAGAGUCAAGUUAACGAGCUACAACUUAAAGUUCAGAGAUUGGAAAGCGAAAAGAUCAAGUUAAGAGGGCAACUAAAUGCAAGUUUUGGCAAUCAGCCAUCCAUGGAUGAAASUUACAGCGAAGAUGUGUCAAUUUUGAGGCGUAAGUACGAAGAAGAACAACGGUCUAAGGUUAAGCUUGCCAAUGAUAUCAAGUAUCUUCUACAAGAUAUAAUGGACUUGAAAGACAGGAACAAGCGAAUCGAAGACGACUUCAUCAGAGAAAGAAAUGAAAUAAAAAACAUGUUGGAAAAGCAAGCCCACGAAAUCACUCAAGUAUAUUUGACACAAAUCACAAAGCUUCAAGGAGCGUUGUCAGAAGAGGUAAGGCGUAGAGAAAUGAUUGAGAAUGGAAUGAAUCCAGCUAUGUAUGGCAAUACAUCUGCAGGAGUCAGCCAACAGGCUCACCAGAAUUCAAGUACGCUCAGUGGUAUGACAGCUGCUCAGCAGAAUGGAGUUUCUUUCCCUGCAAACCAAGACAACACCAACAUUGCUGCAAGACUUGAUAAUGAAGUAAGGAAACGAGAAGCUCUUGAAGUAGAGAACAAGAACUUGCUCUAUGAGAUAAAUAAGCUACUGGGUGGAAUAAAUGAAGAUCAGACUGUUGGCAGUUAUCCAUCACUUGAAAGAGAAGACUUACCAAUUGCAGCAUCACCUGCCAGAAACAGUGGUCUGCAAAAGAAGAAUAAGGAACUAAUCAAAGAAAUUGCAGAACUAAGAGAAACAGUUGAAGACAUGGAAGCAACGGCAAAGAAAAACAAGCAAUACAAAAAUAAAAUCUCGGAUCUCCAGGAAGAACUUGACCACGUCACUCGUAAAAGAGAUGAUUUAGCAUCAACUCAUCGAAAUCUAAAAAAAGACGUUGAUCAGCUUUCAGCAACUCUAGAUGAGCUUCAAAGGAAAAACCGACAAUACGCUGACGAAGUCGAUCGCUUGAUGAGAAAGAUCCAAGACUUGGAAGAUAGUUUUAAAAGCGAGAAAACAAAAUUGGUGAGGGAACACGAGAGUGAAAUGGAAAGAGCCUUGGAUGAUGCUGACAGAAAGAAUGAGGAACUUCAGAGGAAAUUUGAAGAACAAAAAACGGUUAUUGAGCAGCUUGGGGUAAUAGCAAGCAAAGCUGGCUAUGAUGUCCAAGCUCUGACAGAAAACGAAGGUGGAAGCAAGCAAGAAAGGGGUGAUCGUGACCGCAAAAGCCCUGAUCAGUUACGUCCAGGUAAAGAAAAUACUGAUGCGUACGCAUCUUCACUAAAGAAACAAGUGGAAAACCUGCAAAUCAUGCUGCAAUCUUCAAACAAAAGGCACGAGGAMGAAUUAAAGGGAGUUCAAAACCAGAAGAAGGAAAUGAGAGAAGAGUUCGAAAAAGAGCGACAAUCGCUGAAGCAGUAUUUCAAUCAAGAGAAAGUAAUGCUUGAGAGAAGAACGCAUGGAUUUGGAGAUAACGGAAUCCCAGGUUUCAGUGGCUCCCAAAUUAGCGGAAUUAAUCAACCAGCAAUUCCUUACGCCCAACAACAAAUUGCUCCAGCAGAUGCAUUUAUUACAGCUCAGGAAGCCAACGGUUUAUUUGAAUCGAUCCCACCCAUGUCUCCAAGCCCCGGUUUCUCUGACAGUCAAGUUGGUCAAAGAGAAUUAAAUAGUAUGAGUGCCCAUCCACGUGGAUCACCUGCAACGUCAAGUAACUGGAAUCCUACUCUUCAAAAUCAACAAUAUGCUGCAAAUGGUAUGUCCAUGACCAUGCCGAACACAUAUCCCAACCAACAGCAACAUUCAAGUCCAAUAAACGGUUUUUAUCCUAAUCAACCAGUUUCUGUAGGCAAUGGUACUGCCAAUGGACAACAACAGGGUAAUCCCCCAUUCGACUUACAAGACCAUACUAGCACAUCAACAAACAUGCCAUGUAAUCAGCAAACGGGCUACAAUAAUGGUCACACGAGAUUUGACUUACGACCAUCAUGUACAACAAUGGAGGCUGGAAAUGCAUUCAGUGGUCCAAGAAAUUGUGGAGAGGGAAAUUCCAAAUGUUUGUCAGAUAAUGUUGGUGACUUUGAAAGGCAAAUAAAAGAUGUACAAGAACAGUUCAACCAAAACAAAAACGAUAUUCUUCAAAAGGCAGCAGAUGAGAAAAGAAGAAUACAAUCCAUGGGCCAGCAGAUCGAAAGGCAGAUAGACGAUAUGAGUCAGAGUUACGAAGCAGGACUUAACCAAAUGCAAGAAAUAGAGAGGCGCCAGAAAGUCCCAUUCCAGAGUUCUUCAUCGCAAGGAACAGGUGCCCGACAAAUGAAUAGAUUCAAAGAGCAACUGCAGAAAGCUCAAACUGAUGUUCAAAAGCUACAAAGACAGCUGCAAAGACAAAAGCGAGAUUACGAAGACCAUAUAAGGAAAUUAACUCAGGAGAAAAAUUUAAUCAAUAGCACCCUUCAGUCGAUGACUAAAGAGAUUUCCGUGCUGAAGUGUGAAAGAAAAAGUUUUCGAUGUUCCACCAGAAGUGAAAUCGAAAAAAUUGAAAAAGUUCACGACAUCGAAAAAACUGAGAUAAGAGAAAGUUGUGAAAGAAGCAAAAAAGAAGAAAUAUCUCGUAUUAGAGUCGAAUAUGAGCAACGCAUAUCAAAAGAAAGAAAGCGUCUUCAACAGACCACAGAUGAUUUACGCAGAAAGAUUUCUGACUUGGAACACAAGGUAAGAGAAGUCGAGCUUGCCCUUCAAAACGAGAAACACAAGUUUGAAAGAGAACGAAGUGAACUUCAAAGGACGCUUUCCAGGAGCCAAGAAGACAUCAAAGUCGCAUUGGAAAGCGAAUACAGAAAAAAAAUUGCCAACGAAAAGGAGAAGUUUGAGAAAACACUUCGAGAGUUGCGCACACAGAUUUCAUCCCUUCAAGAACAACGCAAACAGAUACAAAUCAAGCUGGCCAGCAAGGAAAAUGGUAUGGGCAGUGACAGAAUCUCAAGGGAAAGAAUUAUCUUACAGCUCGAGCAAGACUUCCUAGAAAAAUUGGAAAAAGAAAAAAGACCUCUGGAAGAAAAAUUAAACGAUCUCCGAGACGAGUUAUCUAAAGCAAAACGCGAGAGGAACGCGGUUAAAACCUCAAUGGAGAAGGAGAAAGAGAAAUUGCAAGAAGAAGUAGAACGAGUCAAAGACAGCAUGAAGAAUAAGCUACAAAAAGCUAAAGAGGAGAUUGAUAGACGAAGCGAAAUGAUGAUUAAUCGCAGUAUGAUGGCCAACAAGAUAAAGAAUGUGACGAUGAUUUCUGACCUCGAGUCUCAACAUCAAGCGCAGUCCAGCCUAAAGCAUUAUCAAGAACAAAUGAACCUACUAGAGCAAAGAAAUCUGACCCUUCACUCCAAGAACGAAAGACUCGAACGAGAAGUUAAGGUUCUCAGUGGACGUGUGGAGAGCCUUGAAACUCGUAACCGAGAACUGCAAACAGCCAGUGCUAUGUCUUCAGUGACAUAUGAGACUUCUCCUCGCCAUCGCAGCUUGAGAACCGACUACAGUUCUAUUGGGAAUACCAGUAUGGGACAUCAUGCUUACUCAAGGCAAUCCCAUUUGCAAGAAUCGCCUUUUUCACAAGGAGGAGACCAGUACAGCAGCAUUUUGGAACGUGCUAGACAAACGAUUAAUUCAGCAGGAACAUUUGGUGUACAAGAUAAUUAUAUAACCCCGCGUUCUCUAAAUGCAAUGUCUGGGAAUGGAAUUCAGAGAAGACUAGGAACAACAGGAGGAUCUGGGUUAGGUAUAGGUUUAAGUACCCAAAAUGGAGGGAUGUCUGGAUAUGGUGGAGCCUCAAACACCCAGAUGACGCCAAGGACCUACACAGGAAACUAUGAGGGGGUGUACAAUGCAGGUUUUUCAGCUGGGCAAGUAAAUUCAAGUGGGUCUUUGAAUCAAUCCGGUGCAGUGGUCAAUGGAGUAACUACUUCAAGCAGCCUUGAGAUGAAUUCUGACGUUAGCCAAGGCGAUGUUGUUAACAGUUUCGAACAAACCGAGCAUAAACAGAUGAAUGAAGGCGAUGUCUCAAAUGGAGGAAAUUCUUUCAUUAUGGAAACCAAAGAGAUCUCAGAAGAUAUGCAGCAGGCAGAUACAUCCAAGGACAACGAGGACUUUUUGAUUGAGGAGAAGAUGACAGAAAAGAAAGGUUUGACACCUGAAGUAGUCGGUUCAGGAAAUAAAGAUAAUAAUAAUGUUCAGGAGAUGUCAUUGAGCAUGACAACAACUCCUUUACCCGGUGACCAGCAGCAGUCAUUGAGCAUGACAACGACUCCCUUACCUGCUGACCAGCAGCAGUCAUUGAGCAUGACAACGACUCCCUUACCUGCUGACCAGCAGCAGUCAUGGAGCAUGACAACGACUCCCUUACCUGCUGACCAGCAGCAGUCAUGGAGCAUGACAACGACUCUCUCACCCGCUGACCAGCAGCAGUCUGUAUCGGAAAAAAGUGUUCAGAUUCUGGAGCUACCAUUGAAAGAAAAUCCGAAAGUUGAUGUUGCUGCGUUGGAGGUAAAAGUAAAGGAAUAUAAGAAUAAAGUUACUUUUGUCGAGAAAGAAAAGAAAAGCAUCAUGGACAUGUACGAAAAAGCUGUGACCGAAUAUGAAAUCUCCAACACUAAGGUUCGUCAUGAAUACGAAGUCAAAGUGGCUGAAAUGAGAAUGAAGAAUGAUAACUGGGAGAAGAAAUACCACCAGGUUGUACGGGAAAUGGAACUUUUAAGACAAAAACAAGCAUCGAUGCAGAGAUCCCAUGACAAGAGCAUGGCACAACUAAGGGCUGAACUAGAGAUGAAGUACAACAACGAGAAGUCAAAGAUGGAAACACAGUUUACAAAUGAAAAGAAAUCUGUUAUCGGAGAUUACGAAGAACGAUUGCAUUUGUCAAGCAUUGAAAAUAGAGAAUUGAUGAAAACGCAUACUACAUAUGUGACAGAUUACGAAAUCAUAACCAGCAUUCGACAGGACUAUGAGGAUAGAAUUGGAAACUUGAAAAUCCAAAAUAGUAAGUUAGAGAAAAAACUUACAGAAGCCAUCGCAGAUAAUGAAGCACUAAAAUCUAAGGUUUCUGAAUUGAAGGUAGAUUAUGAAAGACGACUUUCUGAGCUCAAGAAAGAAAUGCAAUCACGAUGGACUGUUGAGAAAGAGGAAAUGGAAGACGAGUUUGAAAAAGAGAAGGCUGAGCUUGUGAAAAGGAGUAAAGAAAUGGAAGGAGAGUAUGAGGCUGCAACGUUUACGCUAGAGCAGUCAUGGUCAGAAAAGUUGAAGAAAAUGGCCCUUGAAAGAAACAAACUUGAAGAAGGAUGCAUGAUGCACAGCAAGGAACUAGAAAUUCUGAGGAAGAAAUGCAUUGCACUCGAGCAACAGUAUGAACUAAAGAUAAAAGAACUACUAGAUGAUAUGGAAGAGUCCUUGGAAAACAAUGAAGACAAAAUGGAAGAUGUGCUCAGAAGAGAAAAGAGGGUCUUAGUUGAAAAACACGAAAAGACGGUUAAAGAAUACGAGAUGAACAUAACAGCCAUUCAACAAGAAUACGAGGUGAAAUUGGCUCAACUUUCAAUGGAUAAGGAAAGAAAUGAAAAAGAAUUCACAAGCACUAUUGAAGAGUGGAAAACCAAAUUUGCGAAUCUAUCGGCGCAACAUUCCAAGUCCAUUUUAGAUUUGGAAAAGAAAAUAGAACACCAGAACGCCAGUUACAAAAGCAAAAUCAAGAAACUAGAAGCAGAAAUUGUAAGCAAUACUGAGUCGUAUGACUCUAUAACAGCUGAACUAAGAAGAGAAAUCAAUACACUGUUGCAGAAAGAAGAAAAAUUAUUAGCAGAAGUAAAGGAGCUUAAAGAACAACUUGAUGAGAAAGAACAGAGCCAUACAAGCUUGGUUGAAAGGGUGACAGUCGAGAAUAAGCUAGAAAAAGAGGCAAUGGAAUCGCGUUUUGUGAAGGAGAAGGAAAACUUAGUAAAGUUACAUGAAGAAGAGCUUGACAUUCAAAUCAAAAUGUUAAGCUCAAAGAAGCGGGAAUUACAAACAGUAACAGAAAAGCUCGGAGAUGAAAUCAAAAACCUCCAAAAAGAGCUAACGAAUGCAAGAGCAGAGGUUAUCAAACUAGAAGAAAAGAAUGAAGAAACUGUAGCACACUACAAUAAUGUGUUGCAGGAAGCUAAAGAAAAGCUUAAAGAUUCGUACGAAAAACGAGAGGACAAACUGGAGGAUUUCUUAGAAAACGAGAAGAGAGAAAUGGAAGAAAAAUAUGAGAAGGAGUUAAUGGAAAAGAGCAGAAAACAAGAAGAGACAGUUAAUGACUACGAGGCAAAGAUCGACAAGUUGGGAGAUGAAUGGAAAGAGAAAGAUGCAAAAAGAGAAAACGAGAAGAAAGAGUUGGAAAUUAUUUUGAAAGAACUCAUAGCAACGCAUAAAAAAGAACUGGAAAAGAUAAAGGAAAUAUUUGAAUCUGAUAUGAAGGAGCUUCAAAAAAAGUUACAAAAUGCUGAGAAAGAAAAAGAUAAAAUAGAGGAUCACUUUGUAAACGAGAAAGAAACUCUGAUGGAAGCAAACUUAAAGAAUGUGAAGCAGUAUGAUCUCAAGAUAGCAAACUUGAUGAAGAAAUAUGAAAGCAAGCUUGAAGACACCGAGAAAGAGAAAGACAAGAUGGAAGAGGAACACAACAAAAAGAUUAAGAAAAUUCGUUCAACUUUGGCAGAGACUGAAGAAAAGUGUGAAACAGAAAUCCGACGAGUGAAAUUUGAGUUCAAAGAAAAAAUUAAGAAAGAAAGAGAUGAACAUGAAAAAGAUUACAAAAUGGAAAGACAACGAAUUUUUGAUAUGCACAAGAGAGAAAAAGAUGACAUGGAGAAGAGGUUCCAGAUAACGAAAGACGAGGUGGAGAUGUCAAUAAAGAAUUUGUCUGAAGAGAAUAAAUUGUUGAAGAAAAAUAUGAAACUGCAGCAGAAGGAGUUUGACGAGAGUAAAACGAGGAUGGAAGAAAAAUGGAAGAGCGACGUCGAGGAAAUGAAAAGAGCUUUUGAACAAGAGAAAGAGAAAUACAUUGCAGAGAUUCAGACUAGUUUUGCAAGACAAAAAGAGAUUACUGCUAAGCAAUAUCAACUAGAGAUAAAAAAGUAUGAGACGAACAUGGAGAAGCUAUCUAACACUUAUGAAGGUAAUGAAGAAAAAGCAGAGGAAGAAAUAGAUGAUCUCGAAGCAGCUUUUAACAAAGAGAGAAUAGCGAAAGAAAACAUGGAAAAAGAAAUUCGAGAAUUAAUGAACGAGGUAACAUCAAUAAGACAAACGUACAAAAAUCUAGAGGUGGAUUAUACCAAGAGACUUGAAGACAUGGGCCAGUUUUUGAGAAAAGAAAUAGAGGUGAUAAAGACUGCGUAUGAAGCUGAAAAGAGUCAACUGCUAAAGUUUCUCGACGAUGAACGAAGAAGACACGAAGACACUCGUAAAGAAUACCAAGAAUGCUUAAAUAGAAGCAUAGAAGUUGAAAAUAAGUUGAAGACAAGCAAAAUAAAAUAUGAAGAAGAGCAAGAAAGAAGCAACGAGGAGCUACUGAGUUUGAGAAGAAAAUUCGAAAAACUGCAACGCGAACACGAGAAUCUCGAAGAAAUGAUUAAAUCGAAGGAAAAUAGUAUAAACAUGUUGAAAAUUCAAAGAGAUGAGUUGACAAAAGAGAUCCAAACCAAUAUAAAAAAUAACGAAGGCAAAACUAAUAGGAUUCUCCAGCUUGAAAUGGAAAAUUCGAAAGUAUUGAAAGAAAUUAAUUCAUUAAUUUCAGAGCGCGAAGAUUUGCUCGCCAAUAAAAGACGCCUUGAGAGAGAGAAGCAACAGAUUGAGAGACAGGUAAAGAGUUUUGAAGAAACAAGGUUGGAGUUCAUCAAGAAAGAGAAAUCAUUGCAAGAAAUGGAGUAUCGCUUCGAACUGGAGAUAGAGAGUCUGACACGGCGUUCAGAAGAGCAAAAAAUAGAAAUGGAAAAAAUUAAAAAAGAAAGGUCCAGUAUAUCGUGGGAGUUAGAAGAUCUGCGCCGCUCAAAGAAGAGCGAUAUUGAAGAAGAUCUGCGCCGCUCAAAGAAGAGCGAUAUUGAAGAAGAAAUACGAAUGCUGAAGGCGCAAAAACUACGCUUGGAAGAGGAACGUGAAAAAAUGCCACUGGAUCACGAGAAGAUAAUAUAUAAAUGUGAGUCUUUGGUAAGAAUUGAGAAAGAGAAGGCAGAAAAAUAUAGAUUGGAAUUGGAGUCAGAGCGUCGAAGUUUGAACAGAAUAAAACAUGAAAGUAGUGCAGAGGAAAGAGAAAUGAUCAGGAAGCUGGAAUCACAAAUUUCAAAUUUAAAAAGCCAAAGUCUUAGAAGUGAAAAUGCAUUAAUCAAAGAAAAGACUGAUCUCAUGGAAAAGAUUAGUAAGGUCAAAGAGGAAUAUGAGAAAAGGAUAAUCGAAUUGGAAAUGAAAAGCAAACAGAAUUUGGAAUCAACUUAUCAGCACCAGUGCAGUUUAUCUAGCAGCACAGCUAUGAACAAGGAAAUGGAAAAGCUUCGAGAACACUACGAAAAGGAGAAAAGAGAAAUCGAGCUAAUGUAUAUAGAUGAGAAAGGAAAGGCGCAGGAAGAAUGGCAAAGAAAGCUUAAUGAGGAAAAGGAUUCAAUGGAUAUCAAGCUCCAUCGAAUGCAGAUCGAGCUUGACAUUUCCACAAAGGAGAAGUUCAAAGCAGAGAACAAACUCCGAGAAAUACGAGCAGAAUUCCAACGACAAGAGGAGAGCAUGAAGCAAAGCUUUGCAGAAGAGAAAAGCAAGCUUACAUUAGAGUUUGAAACGAAGUUUGAAGCUUUCAGAAAGGAGCAAACAUUGGAGUAUGAAAUGAGUGUUAUUAGGAACAAAGAGAAAACGGAACAAAAGAUAAAGUUCUAUGAGAUAGAAAUCGAGAAACUUAAAACGUCACAGCACGACUCCAAACUAUUAACAGAAGCAUUGUCACGUGAAAAGGCAUUUAAGGAAAAACUCUAUGAACUUGAAGAAGUCAACAGCGAAAACAAGAAUAGGAUCCUUGAACUUGAGAGACAGCAGAUGGCUCAGAAGGGUGAAUACGAAAAUAGGCUUGAUCACGUGAUUAGGGAUGCAAAACGCGACAAUGAAGAACAGAAGAGACGCCUUGAACAUGAGAAGGAAAUGGUUGAGAUCAGCAGGGAUGGGUUGCAAAAAGAACUAAAUAAAUUGAAGAGUAAACAUAACAGCUUUCAAGAAGCCCAUGUAAGUGUGGACCAAUUUGAACAUUCAGCUCUGGAGCUGCAACAAAAGCUAAACAAAGCAGAAAAAAGAAUUCGGGAACUUGAACUGAAAUUAGAAGAAAUGAAAAGGAAAGAACGAGAAUUGAAAUUUGAAUUACAUAGCGAACACAGGGAAAAGCUAAGCCAGGAAAAAAGUGUCUAUGAAUCCAAAAUAGCCAGUACCACAAGUGAGAUAUUGGCAAUAAAAGAAAGCAGAAGAGAACUGGAAAUGGAGUUUAAUGCUCUUACAGUCGCUUGUGAGAAAUUCAAAAGGAGGAUACAACAUCUGGAGGAAGAAGUUGAAAGGUGUGGCAGUCCAAGAGAUAAUGUUAGUCAACAUGGUCGAAAUACGAAGGUUUGUGGAUGCUCAUUCUAUGUUUACCCACAACGAGAUGAAAGCCCCAGGAACGAGGUCCAGAAACAACCAACUGGACGUUUUUACGAGUAUGGAUACGCAACGGCUGAAGACAGAAUAAAGAGCCAUAAUGCUGCGAAAUCUCUACGACAUGAUGACGAUGAUAUACAAGAAAGUGGAGGCGCAAGAACUUUAAGGUCACCAAGAACUCCAAGGUCACCAAGAAAAAGAGCAGAUUUCGAAGCAAAACUAAGAAUGAUGGAUGAUUGUCUGAACAAUCUUGAUGAGAAACACAAAAGCCUUCUGGAAGUAAAGCUAAAGGUUAAAGAGCACGACUCUUAUUCGAUCCGAAGACAGCAGAAAUCAGAAUCCCGUAGUUCGAGAUACAUCUCCACGUCUAAAAUCACACUGGACAGUUAGUUCACAUUCACACGACUUGAAAAUUUCACGAUAAUUAACUACCGUACCGUGUCCGUGACACUGACAUGCCUCGUCUAAGAAUUCAGAAUGAAUGAUCAUUAGUCUCUUGUGCUGUGAUUUGGUCGAUGGAUAUCGUACCGUUACCGUGCCGCGUGACGUUAUUUUUUUUACAGUGGUCUGAAUUAUUUCUCCAUGCAUGCGUAUGGCGAUGUUUGAUGAAGAUCAAUCUGUGAAAAAUUUACUAUAAUAAACUUUAAUGUAAUAUGUGUUAACCAAGAAAAAUGUUAGACUACAGCAGCUUGUAUAUUAGCAUAUGAAAUAAUUGUAUAUUGUAAAAGUAUUAAUUUAACAUAAAUCGUUUUUGAAACUUUUGUAACAUAGCCUAAGUUUAUUCAUCUAGAAUUCUAAAAUUCAUCAAACAUGAAAGCUUGGUUCGAUAUGAAUAUACUUAUUCAUUUGCAAUUGCACCGUCGUAAUUUGUCGUCAAUAAAAGGUUGGGAGUUUUUAUUAA